UCCAUCAGUGCGUGGUACAGUGGGAAACCGUACCCUUACACAGCAUUUCGAGCUCAUUUUCCGGAGAGGGAGAGCCUCGAUUCUAGCAGUGUGCAUUGCCAACCAGUAGUGCGGGCACGUGUCGGUGUGAGUGAGCAUUAUUAACAUUACCACCCCACAGUUCCGAGAUCCUUCCACCCAUCAGCAGUCGAGCAGUCGGCCAGCGAACGAGAGCGAGAGCCUGGCAGGCAAGGGAAAAAGUUCUUGUAUUAGCUGGAUGUGUGCUGCAAACUUCGGUCGCAGGAUCAGUUGUUUGUUGGACAAUUUCCGAUAUUUUCGGGUGAAAUCCGGAUCGAUCCGGGCUAAAUCGUGGUGAAAUCGGUGCGCGAUACUACGGCGGAUGUGACUUGGGUGAAGUUCUCGUGAACUGCCGAACGGUUCCCGGAGAAAACUGUGGAUUUCGGUGAGGCUGUGCCCAGUGGUGGAAAUUUGGACCAGGAUAGGAAAAAUCCUAAUUGUGGAAAAUAGCAGUUAUUUGCCGUCUACGGCCUAAUCGGAGGACCGGAACGUUGUGGAUUAAACAUCGAUCAAGUGAAAAGUGAUUUCAUCAUUUUCGACAACGACGACGACGGAGCAGACUUCGGUGCAAGAUGCCUCAAGGGCUCGCGAGUAAAGUGUUAGUUUGUAAGAUUAUCGACAGCCGUUAGUGUCGGUUUGCUGUGGGUGAACCAAGUGAAUGAAUAUCUAGAAUCGAAUUAGAAUAAGGGAAAAGGAAAAUUAGUGUAAGUGUACAGGUGCAAGACACCAGAAAAAUGUGGUAUCUCGGGUCCGCCGGCAAAAUGCGGCGACCGAGCUGUCCGGCCACGGUCGAAAAUCGGCCGACCACAGCGCAACGCAGCCAUCGAUCUAAAUUAUUCAGUGUUUCAAUGUUAGCCAUCGUAUUAGUGUUAGUGUUUAACCUUAAUGUUGUCCUAGUAUCGUGUAAGCACCAUCGCCAUCAUAGCUCGAGCAGCGAAGAGUUUAAGUUCGAUCCGGCGAACAACUUCGUUAGCAUAGUGCUACCCCAUGAUACAUAUCCCGGCUACAGCAUUCAGAAGUUCACCGCAAACUUCACCAGUCCAAAUUCUCCAUUUUCGUCGAUCUCGACCUACUCGUCGAAGCCGCUCAACUAUCGGCUGCUCGAGACCGAUUAUUCCAAAUACUUCACCGUCCUGGACGACGGUAUGGUCAUGACGACCUCGGAUCUCUCCCCGCUAGUCAAUCGACCGGUGAAACUGGUCGUCCUGGAGGAGACCCCGAACUCCACUGCCACACACCAGCUACAGUUGUACAUCAUGAAUCGCAAAGACAUGCUACACUUCCCCAGUACUCUCGGUGAAACGGUCGGUGAAUUACUCGAAAACAAGAACGCCGGUACGCGAGUUCGUGAACUUCCGCUUCUACAGGCAAAUUCCGCGCGCGGUGCCAAAUCGGUUAUCUACUCGAUCGCUAACGGGAACCACGGUCACGAGUUUGCACUGGAGGAUAGUAGCAACGGGGAGAUCCAUCGCACCGUUCGCAUCGACGACACCCGAAAGCACGGUGUUUGGCUCGUAUCCAACAAACCCCUGGAUCGCGAGUCCCAAGACGAGUAUACGAUUGUGGUCGAAGCCACAGACCCCAAGAAAAUCAACAAAGCUCAAGUUAAGUUACAGGUUAAAAUCCUCGACGUCAACGACAACCACCCGGUCUUCACCAAACCUGACUACCGCUUCACUGUGAACGGCGUCAAGAGCACCAACAACUACGGCAACGAGACAAUCUCCUGGGAACGAUUUACCCGCGUCGGUAAAGUAGAAGCCAAGGACGCUGACGGGGACAAAAUCGCAUACCGCCUCACUAACCCCAGUAACACGGUCGUCAUAGUCCCUCAAACUGGUGAACUUCUGCUGGCCGGCGAACCGGAUAUGUCCGAGCUGUUCAUCGACGUGGAAGCGCACGACAUCCGCUCUCCAAGUCUCAAAAGUGAAAAACCUGCUCGGGUCCUCAUAGAAUUCGUCGCUCCGGAUCCCAUCCCGGUGGUAAUGCAGCACAUGGCCCACGAGUACCAGCACUCGCACCGUCGCGAUAAACGUCGCGUAACACGAGCCGUUCGGCCCACCAAGCGGAUCGAGUUUACCGAAGCCGAUGGGGACACCGAGGGCCGGAAUGUGUUCCAGCUGGAGAAGGAAACCGAUAAGGAAACGUUUAAAAUUCGCGAUGAGAAUCCGUGGGUUACGGUGGAAACCAAUGGGGCCGUGCGGGUCAAGAAGAAGUGGGACUACGAGGAGCUCGGGCCGGAGAAAACGAUCGACUUCUGGGUGAUCAUCAGCAAUCAGGGCAAUGGAGCCACUUUGAAAUACACUGACAAUCAGCGUGUAAUAAUCCACGUCAAGGAUAUCAACGAUGAACCUCCGUACUUCAUCAACCGGCCACUGCCCAUGCAAGCUGUCGUUCAGCUCAACGCUCCUCCCAAUACACCCGUUUUCACGCUGCAAGCUCGGGACCCGGACACGGAUCACAAAAUCCAUUACUUCAUCGUUCGAGAUCGGACCGGAGGACGGUUCGAGGUGGACGAACGAUCCGGUGUGGUCCGAACCCGCGGAACCGAUCUGUUCCAGCUGGAUAUGGAAUAUGUGCUGUAUGUCAAGGCGGAAGAUCAGAACGGUCGGGUGGAUGAUCGCCGGUACCAAAGCACCCCCGAAGAACGACUGUCGAUCGUCGGUGGCAAAAGGGCUCCCCAAUUCUACAUGCCCAGCUACGAGGCGGAGAUUCCCGAGAACCAGAAGAAAGACUCAGACAUCAUCUCCGUGAAAGCGAAAUCGUUUGCCGACCGUGAAAUCCGCUACACGUUGAAGGCACAGGGUCAAGGCGCAGGCACGUUCAACAUUGGGCCGACGUCCGGUAUCGUGAAGCUGGCCAAGGAGUUGGACUUUGAGGAUCUUCGACAGCCGCACGUGUACCAGCUGGUGGUGACGGCGACCGAGGAUUCCGGUGGUUUUUCCACUUCGGUCGAGCUCACAAUCCGUGUAACAGACGUUAACGACAACGCCCCCAAGUUUGAACUUCCUGAUUAUCAAGCCCACAACGUCGACGAGGACAUUCCUCUGGGGACGAGCAUCCUAAAAGUGAAAGCUAUGGAUUCCGAUUCUGGUUCGAACGCUGAGAUCGAAUACCUUGUAUCGGAUGAACAUUUUGCCGUGGACUCCAACGGCAUAAUAGUCAACAACAAACAGUUGGACGCUGAUAACAACAAUGCCUAUUACGAGUUUGUCGUAACGGCCAAGGACAAGGGUGAACCGGCCAAGACCGGCACGGCCACCGUUCGCGUGUACACCAAGAAUAAGAACGACGAGGAACCGAAGUUUUCCCAGCAGGUCUACACACCGAAUGUGGAUGAAAACGCCGGUCCAAACACGUUGGUUACAACGGUGGUCGCCUCGGAUAAGGAUGGGGAUAACGUGCGGUUCGGGUUCGUCGGUGGCGGCACCAGCAGCGGCCAGUUCGUGAUCGAAGAGAUCACCGGUGUCAUUCGGUUGCACAGCAAGGGCAUAUCGCUCGAUCGGGACAAAUAUGAGCUGAAUGUGACAGCUAUGGAUGAUGGAUCGUGUUGCAUCAACGGCGAGGCGACAAUUCAUACAUCUACAGCUGUCGUCGUGGUGUUCAUAACCGACGUUAACGAUAACAAGCCGGUUUUUAAGGACUGCGGGACUUACUAUCCCAAGGUGGAGGAAGGUGCCCCGAAUGGAAGUCCGGUUAUAAAGGUGCAGGCUACCGACGAAGACAAGGGCGUGAAUGGGCAGGUCAAAUACUCAAUCGUCCAGCAACCGAACCAGAAGGGAACCAAGUUUACAGUGGAUGAAGAAACGGGAGAAGUUUCCACCAACAAGGUGUUCGAUCGUGAAGGUGACGACGGGAAGUUUGUGUCCGUCACGGUGAAGGCCACCGAUCAGGGUGAACCCAGCCUGGAGGGAGUGUGUUCGUUCACGGUGGAGAUCACCGACGUGAACGAUAAUCCGCCGUUGUUUGACCGACAGAAAUACGUGGAAAAUGUCAAACAAGAUGCCAGCAUAGGGACGAACAUUUUGCGCGUUUCCGCUUCCGACGAGGACGCGGACAACAACGGUGCCAUUGUGUACACGCUAAGCGCUCCGCACAGUCCGAACGAUUUGGAAUACUUUGAGAUACAGCCGGAGUCCGGUUGGAUCGUGCUGAAGAAACCGCUUGACCGCGAAACGUACAAGCUGGAGGCGAUGGCCCAAGACAAGGGCUACCCACCGUUGUCACGUACGGUCGAGGUGCAGAUCGACGUCGUCGAUCGGGCAAACAACCCACCGGUGUGGGACAGCACAGUUUAUGGUCCGAUUUACGUGAAGGAAAAUAUGCCGGUCGGUGGAAAAGUCGUUUCCAUUAAAGCCAGCUCCGGUAUCGAGGGCAACCCCACGGUGUUAUCGGUUGAUGCCGGGCUCGACGGCCCAAACGAACAAGCUGCACACGUUCUAUCUGCAGCAGCGGCCGGAAAACGGGGACACCUACGCCGACAUCAAGGUGAACCAUCCGCUCGAUUUCGAAACGAUAAAGGAGUACAACCUGACGGUGCGCGUGGAGAACAACGGCGCCCAGCAGCUGGCAUCGGAAGCGACUGUGUACAUACAAUUAGAGGAUGUAAACGACGAAAUUCCGCUGUUUACCGAACGUGAACAGGAAACGGUUCUGGAAGGCGAACCGAUCGGGACCAAGGUAACGCAGGUGAACGCCAUCGACAAGGACGGUACCUUCCCGAACAACCAGGUGUACUACUACAUCGUGGACUCGCCUCGUAACGAAGGCAAGGACUUCUUCGAGAUUAAUCUGCAAAGCGGUGAGAUUUUCACCAAGGUAGUGUUCGAUCGCGAGAAGCAGGGAGCCUACGCUCUGGAAGUGGAAGCC